AAAUAAUUUUCUCUUUUAAAAUGGACUUGUAUAUUGGUAGGGCUGUCGCACUUCCGCGACGAUAGCUACGGCCAAGCUAAUGCCGGAUUCAGUUGGAUAAUCACCAUUGGUAAUCUUCCGCUCUUCAACCAGGUUCUUAUUUACCUCCAUCCGCUCCAUGAUUCGCUUAAUCUGCAAAAAAUUUCUGCGCAGAAGAGUUGCAGGUUCAUUACCACUCAGCCAUGGCUGUGUUUUCUCGACCUCAUCUCUCAAACCCACCUCAGAAACCUCGAAUUCGGCAGACCCACGAUCUCUUACAGUUCAAUAUCUCGAAAAUUCAUGUGGGAUGUCGUUAGAAUCGGCAAUUUUAGCUUCUAAGAAGCUCCACAUAGCAACCACUGACGCACCAGACUCUGUGUUAAGGCUCUUGAAAGCUCAUGGACUGAGCCAAACCUUCAUAAGAAAGUUUAUCGUUACUCGGCCAUCGAUUCUUAUGGCCGACCCAGAAAAGACCCUUAAACCCAAUAUCGAGUUGUUUGCAUCUAUGGGGGUUUCUGGCACAAAUUUAGCUAAAAUCAUCAGCAAGUACCCUCGGAUUCUGCAAACAGAUGCACCCGCGGUUGUUGGGUUCUUCAGAGCUCAUGGAUUCACUGAGAAGCAAAUGUCAGUGUUGACCAUGAAGCUCCCUGAUUUGUACGCGUGCAAUGCUCAUAAGGUCUUCAAGCCAAAGUUGGAGUACUUCAAGUCAUUAGGCUUUUCAGAUGCUGAGAUUGCGAAAAUUUUAUCGAUGGAGCCGUAUAUUUUAGAAAGGAGUUUGGAAAACCAAAUUGUGCCUAAUGUUCAACUGCUUAAGCGCAUUGUUGGCUCAGAUGACAAUGUGCUUAAGGUGAUCAAGGCAUGCUAUUUUCUUAUUGAAUUUGAUCUGGGGACGAUGAUGGAGCCUAACAUCGCAGUCUUGAGAGGCUGUGGUGUCCCCGAGUCAAAAGUACUGAAGUUGAUAAUGAUUCGACCAAAUACGUUUGUUAUAAAAACUCAUCGAUUCAAGGAGAUCGUUGAAGAAGUUUUGAAACUUGGGUUUGAUCCUGCCAAUUAUCUUUUUAUUCUAGCUAUCCGUUCAUUGGCACUUAUGAGUAAAUCGCUUUGGGAGCAGAAGUUGGAAGCCUAUGGUAGUUUUGGCUUGACAAAGGAUGAGAUUAUUUUUGCGUUCAAGUUACAACCCAUAUUUAUGAUUAAUUCGGAGAAGAGGAUUAGGAAGUUGAUGGAUUUCUUCGUGAAUGUGCUCUAUUUGGAACCCUCCAGAAUUUCCAGGAAUCCACAUCUUAUGCUGUUUAGUUUAGAGGGCAGACUUAUUCCAAGGUGUUCAGUUUUGCAACUAUUGAUGUCAAAGAAAUUGAUUACAGUUGUUCAGGCACACCAAGGCAAGAUUGAGUUCAAAGGGUUUCCCAGUGAUCUGGUGCGAUUAUCUAAAUUGUCAUGAGAUCCUUGUUUUGAUCUGAAUACUUAUAAUGGAAACAGUUCCAAAGGUUGUGCUUUUCAACUACAUAGUCGAUCUGAACAUUGUUCCAUCAUAAUUUUUUUUUGUGGGCUGUUCAAGCACCCUUUGCCUCCCUGGUCACUGUCAUGCCAUCUGGAUGACUGACAGUUCUUGAAAGAUCAUGAGCCAAUAUUUCUCUGACAAGUCAAGGCAUCCAAUGAAGUUCAGGCGCGUCAGUUCUAAAGACUGGAUUAAAUUUGGAAACCUAAUAAGGCUCUCACCCAACCAAAUCCAUUCACCAUUUCUGAUCUUUAUCCUUGAAUUGUAAUUUCCUCAACUGACUUAGUAGAGUAAUUGCUGUUCACUCUUUCCAUAGGGGAACUUGUUUACAAUUUUGAUCCAUAAUGAAGUUUACAUGUUCAACUUUCACAAA